CCCACCCUGCUGCCCCCCCCCCAAGACCUCCUGGACGCCCCCCAGGGAGGAGGAGGAGGAGGUGAGGAAGGCGACGCGGCGGCGGCGGCGAAGCGCGCGGCGGCACGCAAGAGCCACGCGUGCGACACGUGCGGGAAGGCGUUCCGCGACGUGUACCACCUGAAGCGGCACCGGCUGUCGCACACGGACGAGAGGCCCUUCCAGUGCCCGGUGUGCCAGCAGCGCUUCAAGCGCAAGGACAGGAUGGCGUCGCACGUGCGCUCGCACCAGGGCCAUGUGCACAAGCCCUACGCCUGCGGGCACUGCGGGAAGAGCUUCUCCAGGCCGGACCACCUGAACAGCCACGUCCGGCAGGUGCACUCCACCGAGCGGCCCUUCAAGUGCCAGGUGAGGCCACGCCCCCCGACCACGCCCCCGACCACGCCCAAACUGACCACGCCCACUGACCACACCCAAACUGACCACACCCAAACUGACCGCGCCCCCUGA